AUGGCCUCUCGUCUCGGACGUCGAUUAUUGUCCCUGGUCGUACGGCCGCCUAUCCGCGCUAGCCGCGGUAGUACCGGCGCGUCGAGAAGACUCAUGAGCACGGCCCAGCACAGCGAGCCAGGAAGUGACAAGCCUUGGAUAAUUGGUUCUGCUUUAUUUUUCGGUCCACUUGCACUCUGGCUGCUGAUCCCUACGGUUAAAAAGGCGGACGAUUCGUCACACGGGCACAACCCGUCGCACGGACAUGUCCCGUCCAAGACACUGGUCCCUGUGAAGGAUGACGAGGGCACUGAGGUCGCUGCUGCGGAAGUACAGACGACCAUGCAGGAUGCCUUUAACACUGAUUCUCCGAAGGACGCAGAGGUUGCUGAGGAGCAGGCAACUACCGAGCAAGUCGGCCCUGUCGCCGACAGCGAAGGUGAGCAAGUCUCAGAUGGCGAGAUAAACUCAUCCACACGUCAGGCAAUCGACCAGGAUUCUCCCAAAGACGUCCAGCGCACGGAAGCGGAAUACGCUCAGGCGCAAACCUCCGAGACUGUUCACGAGCAAAAGGGCUCAGAGGAAUCAUCUAAAGAUGCUCCCCAGGACGACACUCAGAAGGAGGCUGCGGCCGAGUCCAAGGAGUGA